GUUGGUAUCAUCUACGUCUUUAAUCUCAUUGUUGGAACAGGGGCGCUGACAAUGCCGAAAGCUUUCGGUGAAGCAGGAUGGCUACUGGGUCUUAUAUCAGUGUUUCUUCUCUGCAUUAUGAGCCUGAUCACAGUUACAUUCGUCGUUGAAGUGAUGGCUUCAGCAAACGCUGUGCUGAGCUGGAAGAAGCUGCAGAGUUUAAAGAAGGCCGGUGAUAUUUCGGACAAAGACAUAGCCAGACAGUUGGACCCAGAUUUCCAUGAAGAAACGGAACAGAGUCCACUGCUACACCAAAGUACAUGUAGGAGUGCCAAGUUUAACGCUUCUGUUAAACCAUGUAACUACUACGAGAUAUCUGAACGAAUUGAGAUGGGCCAGAUGGCUUCAACAUUUUUCAGUAGAUGUGGAGUAAAUCUGUUCUACAUCUGCAUAGCAGUGUAUUUGUAUGGGGAUCUGGCAAUAUAUGCAGCAGCAGUACCGAAGAGCCUGAGGGAUGUGGCAUGUUAUAAGGUGAAUGUGACUAACAACUCUGAGGGCAAUGACGAGACUGAUCUCUGUUGGCCUGGAACAGAAAGCAAGAUCACUAGAUUUUCUGCCUACAGAAUUUUCUUAUUGGGAUUCACAUUAUUUCUCGGUCCAUUUACUUUCUUCAACGCGCAGAAGACAAAGUACCUGCAGUUGUUCACGUCAGUCAUGCGAUGGGUUGCGUUCCUGAUCAUGAUCAUCGUGGCAGCGAUACGGCUGGCGCAGGGGGAGGGGCACGGCUCCCCGCCGGUCGCGCAGUUCGCCGGCGUGCCGACACUGUUCGGCGUCUGCGUCUACUCGUUCAUGUGUCAUCACUCGCUGCCCUCGCUUGUCACGCCGAUGCGUGACAAGUCGCACCUCUUCUCCCUCCUCGCGGCGAUCUACGUGACCAUCUUCACCUUCUACAUGCUGCUGUCCUUCACCGCCGUCUUCACCUUCUCCAAGCUGGAGGACCUCUACACGCUCAACUUCGAGCCCACGGGCGGCGCCGACGCUGUUGUCAACGUCGUGUUCAUCCAGUACUUCCUCGCGUUGUUCCCCGUGUUCACGCUGAGCACGAACUUCCCGAUCAUCGCGAUCACGCUGCGCAACAACCUCAGCGCCCUCUUCCUGCGAGAUUCCCGCAGCUAUCACUGCUGCGUCACCCGCCUCCUCUUCCCGCUGCUGACAAUAGCGCCACCUAUUGUCGUGUCGUUCUUCACGAACAACCUCGAGUUCUUGGUCGGCAUCACGGGUUCAUAUGCGGGCGCGGGGAUCCAAUACGUUUUGCCAGCAUUCCUCGUGUACUACGCACGGCUUGACACGCGCAUGAUCCUGGGGUCGGGGGUCAAGAAUGCUUACCGGUCACCGUUCAGUCACACAGCCUGGGUGGUCAUUGUACUGCUGUGGGCAGCCGCAGCAGUUGUGUUUGUGACGGUUAAUCACAUCCUUACAAAGUUGUAGCGCGUUGUUACGGGAAGUAUUUCCCUAUCCGUAUGGGUGAGAUUCAUCCACUCCCCCUUGCAUAUUGCUGCUGGGUCGUUCAAGCCAGAUCGGUUUGAACGUGUUUUAAAUUAAUGCACGUCAAAUUUUCGACUGCGGCAUGUCAUUGCGAAGUAUUGUCUUUUAAUAUUACGUCCUACUGACCUAUCGCAACAAAGGCUAAGGCUGCCUCCAAGUCACAUGAGGCGGAUUGGUUAAUUAUUAUCACACCUGUGAUCAUCGCGCCAAUGUGAUAUUACAUGUACAUAAAUUAGGUUAUCUCAAGAGAACAAUGCAGUUGUGUGAGUUAAUAACCGUAUACGCGUGUGAUGGCAAAUAUCUUUACCUGUAUUUUUACAUGUAUAUAUACAUAUGGAUAUGUGUGUAUAGGAAUUUUUACAAUUGAGAUUCUACUGGAAAUAUCUUCAUUUACAGUUUACAGACACUAAGGAACUGUCAUAUAUAAGGAAGAAAUACACAUUCGCUAUUACACUCAUAGUCGCAUACAGCUAUGGUAAGAGUAUGCUGCAGUAGGAGUUGUAAGCCAGUCCUACUUUUAAAAUUCAAGAUAUAUUUUAGGUAUGUUCCAUUAUUGUUUAUGGAAAUAUUUUGAGGGGAAAUCGUGAUAUUUUACAAUUGACCACAAUAUAAAUGUGAAAACGGCAAGUCAGUCUUUUAAUUUGAUGCUUCUGUCAAACAUUCACUAAUUUCAUUACACAGUGACAUACAUGAAGUUAACCCUCUUUAUUAUAAGAGAAAACUGCUAUCAUUAUUUGAUUGGAUAAUGCCCGGCACACAAAAAUCAAAACGUUUUAAAUGGCCUGCAUCUACUGUCGUCGAAGAAAUACCUAAUAAAUAAUAGCUUACAAAAUUAGUUCAGGAAAUACGGUAGAAAUGGCUAUUGAUGUAAUAAAACACCCCUUUGUCUCAUAUA